AUGCAGAUUCAGCUUGUGGGCGAGCGACCCCUAGUUCCUCGACCAUCUGCUACCGUGGGCACUUGCAGACAGUUCUCACAGCCACCUGAACGUCAGGUAAAACCCAAAUCAGAUCUAUCCCACGGGACGGCCAUUGAGCUUGUUGACCACUACUUGGACAAGUUCUGUGGUAGACCCCAUAGCAUCUUCCACCAGGCUACUCUUCGGUCACAGGUACGCAACGGCAGCCUCAAUGAAGCUUUGUUGUACGCCGUCUGUGCCAUCGGGUGCAAAUUCUCAGGAAAUCCCUAUAUCCGUGGUCAAGGCUCUAGCUGGGCAGCGGAAUCGAAGCGGCUGCUGCAGGCGGAUAUCUCGAACAUUUGUCUCGAGAACAUCCAGGCUUGCAUCUUGGUUGCGAUGUUGAGUGUUGGCCACGGCGAUAGUGCAUCGGAAGCACUAUUCUUCCGUAUCGCCACCGCCCUGGCUGAGAUCAUGAGCCUGAACUCUCCUUUUCCAGAAGGCUCUGUCAUCGAUCGUGAGAUAAGGCGACGGGUUUGGUGGUCACUAUAUAUGACUGACAUGUGGUGCAUCUCCGGGCAGGGACUCCACAGCCAAUUGAAGGGUGUCAAAGCGAAGAUAGAGCUCCCCAUCAACGACAGGACAUUUAUGUCGUUACAUUCUGAGCAACUCGCCAUCGUUGAUCCGCUAGACCAUGGAAUAUGGGCCCAGAUGAUAACACUUGUCCCGCUUUUUGGACCGAUUCACAAUAUCAACCGCCUUGCCGCUAAUGGUGAAACUCAUACCAUCAACUUGGACCAACAGGUCGAGCAACUUGCCGGGAAUCUGGAAGAUUGGAAACAGAAGCUGCCGAUUGAUGCUCAGAUGAAUCAUGAAAAUCUCCGUCGACAACAGAAAAGAGGCCUAGGUGGGCUUUUGAUCUCAAUACACCUGGCAUAUCAUCACUAUGCGACACUUCUCUAUUUUCGAUAUCUCGAAGUCCAGCUGCCAAGAUCUGCGAGCGAUCGUACAUACAUCACACGCUUUUCCUCGUCAGUUUUGGUCCAUACCCUCCUCUUCGGUGACCUGGAUCAACUUGAAACAGCCAGCCGGGAGCUCAACACAAAUUUCGAGGCACUUAUGGAACUCUCACAAUAUUGGCCCGCCAUAUCUGCUAUGAUUGAACGCCUACUGGUCUUCCAAGACAUGUGUCUUCUGUCGACAGAGUCAGGAACACAUAAACUGGAUGGAUGGAUGUUGAGGUUCUUGAUAGAGCAUUCUUUGGAUAUCGAGGCCAAGAAGAUGCAAGUGAAUCCGUCAAGCUUGAAUGCAGAUUCUGAAAAAUUGUCGUCAAAAGCCAAGGAGCUCACCGAACAGGGGCGGUAUCUGAGGUUUAGGUCUCCGUAA